AUAUAAGAAGGUGGAAGGAAUAAACCUGAUGCAAAAAAAUUAAGAUACAUAGUUAAAUCAUAAAAAAAUAAAUAGAACUCAAUAUUUUAUUCUUAAAAAUUAGCCAAAACUAAGAUAUCGCUUUAAAAAUAGGUCUUAAAAAUAAACUAAGAAGAAAGAGCAACCUUAAUAGGUGCAAAAAAUUGAAUCCAUGAAGAAUAAAUUUGUCUAUUUUGAGUGUGAUAUUGAUGGGCAUGAGAGUAAUCUUCUAAACCAAGUUUGCAUUGACACAUAAUGUAAAAAUAGGGGCCUUAUUUGUCUCUUUUGCUAAUAUCAUAGUCAUAAAGGGCAUGAGAUACGUCCUUUGAAAAUAUUUUUGAAUGAGUACUAAGCUAAUUAUAAAAAGUUUGAGGAAAAUGAGAAUGUUUCAGCUGAAAAAGAUAACAAAGCUAUUGUGGAAUCUUAUUAAGGUAUUCACGAAUGUAUAAGCGUUUUUCAGGGUAUUAUUAAUGAAUAAAUCGACAAGCUAAAAGAUGAUUUGUAGAAUUAGAUUUAAAUUAAAAAAAGACUUCUUUUAGAUACAUCAUUGGGUGAUGGAAGUAUGACAUUUCAAAAAGCUCUAUCUAAUAUUUUAGAAAAUGAAUGUGUAAGCGCUGAAGAAUAAAUUCAGUGCAUAUCUGUGCUAGUAAGCAAAGUUAAUUCAGUUAACAUGGCCAUAGAAUUUAAAGGGAAAAAGCAAAUUUAAAAUUAAAAGGAAAUAAAAUAUAAAAUUUAGGAAAUUGAACAGUCCAAAAAUAAAAUAGCAGUAUGCAUGAGUAGAAUCACUGAUGAGCUCACUGUGAUUACAAAAUAAGUUUCCGAUUUAGUAUUUGAUAGCAUUGAAAUAUAGCAGUAGUUAGAAAAAGGUUAAAUUAAACUACCAUCCCCCGCAAAGCCUAUUGAGUAGACGAGAUCUGUUUUAAAGGCCGUACCAUAAAAAAUAUCAAAUAACAAAAAAUAAAUGGAAAAGAUGUUUAAAGGUAAUAUGGCGGAUGUCAAAUUAGAAAAUGAUUCUUCGACGAUGGAUGACCUUUUCAGUAGUUAAUGGAAUGAGGAAGCUAGUUAUAAGCAUUCAAAAGGCUCUAUGUUAUAAGACACGAAAGCAAUAUUAAAUGAAGAUACUUAUCAUAAAGAAUAAGAAAAAAUUUCAGCAAAUAAAGGCAUAAGCAGACAAUCAUCUGAAGAAAUUAGUGAUUAUGAAUCUAACUCAGAUAGGAAUAAUGGAAAAAAAAAUGGAAAGAAAAAAGAAGUAGAAAGAUCUAAAAAAGCAGCUAAAAAGAAAGAAAAGAAUGAUAUGAUUGAUGAAAAAGAAGAAUAUUAAGAAAUCAAAAAGAUUUAAGAAAACUUUUAAGUAUAGGAGCAAUAGAACAAUGAUUAGUUCUAUGAUUGUUCUCAAGCAAAAUAAUAAAUGUUUUCAAGUAGUUAUACAUAACAAGAAAUUAAUUUAGAUGUUAAAGUAGGUGUUAAAUUUAAAGCCCAUGAAGGAAUAGCAAAAGAUGUGAUAUUUUUAGAUGAAUAAAGAUUGGCUACUUGUUCUUAUGAUAGAUAGAUUAAAAUUUGGGACAUAGUUGAAAAAAAAUUAAUUGCCACACUUAAGGGUCAUGAAGGUAGAAUCAUGCAAAUCAAAUACUCUAAAAAACACAAACUCAUAGGUAGUGCAGGGAGGGAUAAAUUAGCCAUGCUUUGGCAGGAUAUAGCUUAUUCAUUAUCUCAAAAGCUUAGUGGUCAUAAGGAUAGUAUUAUGUCAAUAGAAUUUAUAGAUGAUAGAGACAUAGUUGUUACAGGAGGAACAGAUAAGCAAAUAAAAAUUUGGUGUGUUUUCAGUGGGAAAUAAGUUUUCAAAGUUGAUAACUGUGUAGAUAUAAUAUAAUAAAUAAAAUAUGAUCCAAUAAAUGAACUUCUUUUUACUGGUGGUCAUCAAUAGUUAACUAUAUAUAUUUUUAAAGAGUUAAAAUCUUUAGAAAAUAUCAAAAAUCAAGACGAAUAUUUAAAGGCACGUAGCCAGAUAUCAGAAGUUACACACUUCUAAGGUCAUGAAGAUACUAUAAAUAUGAUCUAGCCUAUCAAAGUAAAAGGAAUAUAGUAUUUUAUUACAUGCAGUGAUGAUAAAACACUUAAGUUAUGGGAUUUCGAUAAAUUGGAAAUGAUACAACAAAUUAAAGAAGAUACAGAGAUUAGUGCUUUCUGUUUUUUCGAAAAAUUAGGUAUAUUGGUAAUUUCAAUGUGGGGAUAUUUAGGAGGAGGCAGAACAACCUUCUAUGAUUUCUCAGAUUUUACUAAAAUAUAAGAUGUAGAAAGUAUAAAUACUGGUACAACUUCUUUAAAAAUGAAUGAGUACCAAAAUAAAUUAGUUUCUUCUCACGAAAAUGGUGAAAUAUAGCUUUACUAUAUGAAUUAUUGAUUAAUAUUAUUUAAAUUAACUAAAUAUUAUUUUAUCAAAUAAGAAUAAAUCUUUAUAUUAAAAAAUUAACCUUGACUAUUAUUUAUUUCGUUUUUAAAAUUUAGAUUAAAAAAUAUUUAAUCAUACAACCA